CCCAGUGACCGAGAAAAAAAAAAAAACACGGCGAGCGGCUAGAGCGACGGUGGGUGGAGUACAGGAAGCUGCUGCUGUCCUCGGCUAUUUGAUCAUGGCCCAAAUCUAAUUCCUACACAAACGCCACCAACAGACUAGCCGAGAGUGUGGACAUUUGUGAUUUUAUAUACGUGUUUUUUUUCCCAUUUCUCGACUGAUUUGUGGAGAUCGAGGCGCUCCAAGAUGUCUCGGGGAGUAAUCCAGCCCAGCCAGCAGAAGCUGGCCGAAAAACUCACCAUCCUCAACGACAGAGGCAUCGGGAUGCUGACCCGUGUUUACAAUAUCAAAAAGGCAUGCGGAGACCCCAAGGCCAAGCCCUCCUACCUGGUGGACAAGAACCUGGAGUCUGCCGUGAAGUUCAUCGUCAGGAAGUUUCCUGCGGUGGAGACGCGCAACAACAACCAACAGUUGGCUCAGCUGCAGAAGGAGAAGUCGGAGAUCCUGAAGAACUUGGCUCUCUACUACUUCACCUUUGUGGAUGUCAUGGAAUUUAAGGACCACGUGUGUGAGCUGCUCAACACCAUUGAUGCCUGCCAAGUCUUCUUUGACAUUACGGUGAACUUUGACCUGACCAAGAACUACCUAGACCUGGCGGUGACGUACACGACACUCAUGAUCAUACUGUCACGCAUCGAGGAGAGGAAAGCCAUCAUCGGCCUGUACAACUACGCUCAUGAGAUGACGCACGGCGCCAGUGACCGCGAGUACCCCAGGCUCGGCCAGAUGAUUGUGGAUUAUGAGAACCCUCUGAAGAAGCUGAUGGAAGAAUUUGUCCCCCACGGGAAGUCUCUGUCCGACGCUUUGACCAGCCUUCAGAUGGUCUACCCCAGAAGGAAUCUUUCCGCCGACCAGUGGAGGAACGCCCAGCUACUCUCGCUCAUCUCGGCUCCGUCCACCAUGCUCAACCCCGCACAGUCAGAUACCAUGCCCUGCGAAUACUUGUCCCUGGACGCGAUGGAGAAGUGGAUAGUUUUCGGUUUCAUUCUGUGUCACGCGGUGCUGAACAGCGACGCGGGAGCGUUGUCGCUGUGGAAGCUGGCGCUGCAGAGUUCCACCUGUCUUUGCCUCUUCAGGGACGAAGUCUUCCACAUCCACAAGGCCGCCGAGGACCUUUUUGUCAACAUCCGAGGGUACAACAAGCGCAUCAAUGACAUCAGAGAGUGCAAGGAACAGGCCCUGUCUCACGCAGGCUCCAUGCACCGAGAGCGCCGCAAGUUCCUUCGGUCCGCCCUCAAGGAGCUGGCCACCGUUUUGGCGGACCAGCCGGGCCUGCUGGGUCCAAAGGCCUUAUUUGUCUUCAUGGCAUUGUCGUUCGCCCGAGACGAGAUCAUCUGGUUGCUCCGGCACGCCGACAACAUCCAGAAGAAAAGCACGGAUGAUUUCAUCGACAAACACAUUGCGGAGCUCAUCUUCUACAUGGAGGAGCUGCGAGCCCACGUGAGGAAGUACGGCCCUGUCAUGCAGCGUUACUACGUGCAGUACUUGUCCGGCUUUGACGCCGUUGUACUCAACGAGCUGGUGCAGAACUUGUCCGUGUGUCCGGAGGAUGAGUCCAUUAUCAUGUCGUCUUUCGUCAACACGAUGACCUCACUCAGUGUCAAACAAGUUGAGGACGGCGAGGUGUUUGACUUCAGAGGCAUGAGGCUCGACUGGUUUCGACUGCAGGCUUACACCAGCGUGUCCAAGGCCAGUCUCGGUAUCGCCGACCACAAAGAGCUGGGCAAAAUGAUGAACACUAUCAUCUUCCACACUAAAAUGGUAGACUCGCUUGUGGAGAUGCUGGUGGAGACCUCUGACCUCUCCAUAUUCUGUUUCUACAGUCGUGCGUUUGAGAAGAUGUUCCAGCAGUGCUUGGAGCUUCCAUCGCAGAGCCGCCACUCCAUUUGCUUCCCUCUGCUUUGCACACACUUCAUGUCCUGCACUCACGAGCUUUGUCCCGAGGAGCGGCACCACAUAGGGGACCGCAGCCUGUCGCUGUGCAACAUGUUUCUAGAUGAGAUGGCCAAACAAGCGCGAAACCUCAUCACAGAUAUCUGCACUGAGCAGUGCACCCUCAGCGACCAGCUGCUUCCCAAACACUGCGCAAAGACCAUCAGCCAGGCCGUUAACAAAAAGAGCAAAAAGGCCACGGGGAAAAAGGGCGAGCCGGAACGAGAGAAACCCGGAGUGGAGAGCAUGAGGAAGACCCGACUACUGGUCACCAAUCUGGACAAAUUGCACACGGCGCUCUCGGAACUCUGCUUCUCCAUCAACUACGUUCCGAACUUGGCGGUGUGGGAGCACACCUUCACGCCGAGAGAGUACCUCACCUCCCAUCUGGAGAUCCGCUUUACCAAGUCCAUCGUGGGCAUGACCAUGUACAACCAGGCCACUCAGGAGAUCGCCAAGCCCAGUGAGCUGCUGACCAGUGUGCGGGCCUACAUGACGGUGCUGCAGUCCAUCGAGAACUACGUCACCAUCGACAUCACGCGGGUCUUCAACAACGUCCUGCUGCAGCAGACGCAGCACCUGGACAGCCACGGCGAGCCCACCAUCACCAGCCUGUACACCAACUGGUACCUGGAGACGUUGCUCCGGCAGGUCAGCAACGGACACAUCGCAUACUUUCCCGCCAUGAAGGCCUUUGUCAAUCUCCCCACAGAGAACGAGCUGACCUUCAACGCUGAAGAAUACUCUGACAUCUCAGAGAUGCGCUCCCUGUCUGAGCUUCUGGGGCCAUACGGCAUGAAGUUCCUCAGCGAGAGCCUUAUGUGGCACAUCUCCUCGCAGGUGGCCGAGCUCAAGAAACUGGUGAUGGAGAAUAUGGACGUGUUGACCCAGAUGAGGACCAGCUUUGACAAACCCGACCACAUGGCGGCGCUCUUCAAGAAGCUUACUUCCGUGGACAGCGUCCUAAAGAGGAUGACUAUCAUCGGAGUCAUCUUGUCAUUCCGCUCCUUGGCCCAGGAAGCACUGAGAGAUGUGUUAUCAUGCCACAUUCCCUUCUUGGUCAGCUCGGUGGAGGAUUUCAAGGACCACAUUCCCAGAGAGACAGACAUGAAGGUGGCCAUGAAUGUCUAUGAGCUAUCUUCCGCCGCGGGUUUGCCCUGCGAGAUCGACCCGGCCCUGGUGGUGGCGCUGUCUUCGCAAAAGAGUGACAACAUCAGCCCAGAGGAGGAGUACAAGAUUGCGUGUCUGCUGAUGGUGUUUGUGGCAGUUUCCCUGCCUACGCUGGCCAGCAAUGUGAUGUCACAGUACAGCCCCGCCAUUGAAGGCCACUGUAACAAUAUCCACUGCCUGGCUAAAGCCAUCAACCAGAUCGCCGCCGCACUCUUCACCAUCCACAAAGGAAGCAUCGAGGACCGCCUCAAAGAGUUCCUGGCUCUGGCCUCGUCCAGUCUUCUGAAGAUUGGCCAGGAGACGGACAAGAUGACGACGCGUAACAGAGAGUCGGUUUACCUGCUGCUGGACAUGAUUGUGCAGGAGUCACCCUUCCUGACCAUGGACUUGCUGGAAUCCUGCUUCCCUUACGUGCUCCUGCGUAACGCCUACCACGCUGUGUACAAGCAGAGCAUCAGCGCCAACGCAUAAACACGCACACGCGCAUCCAGCCAGCCACUCUGGCCGUCUGCUUCCUCAGCAAAUGUCAGAGACCUCCAUACACGACACUGUUCUUGCGCUUCUCUGCCACCUGCAAAUCCACGUAUGCUACCGGUAGGAACCUCACCUUGAACUACACAAACACACACACACACACCAUAGCACUAAACCUCUGUCUAAUGUCAAAGUAGUGAUAUGGCGCAUCUAUAGGAAGUUGUACAUUUUCCUGUGUGUGUGGGGUCAAUUUCUUACAGAUAUUCACUAGUGGCAGCAAGCAGUGAAGGUUUAGAACUGUUUGGAAAUGCCACAAGAUACCGCCAAAUCACUCCUUUUACAACAGUGCUUUGACUUCUCCCUUUGUCCAAGAAUUAAGAAUUGCUUAUAGAGCUUCCACAACAACCACAUAACACUAUUUUUGUCUAAAAAGCGGCACCUCAACCGUCUUGAACAAAGUUCUUUGGCACCCAAAUGCCACAAAAUGGCGGCAAAUCGUUAGUUUUGUUUUAAUGAAGUUCCUCAUCCUACUUGAUGGCAGCAGGAAAAAUAGCGAUGUUCUUCUAAAGUUCCCACCAAAAAUGUGCAAAUACACAAAUUUGCCAAAGGCCAAAUGUUCGCGGGUUCACUGUACUGGACUGGACUGCUAGCACAUAAAGACACACACAUAAGAUGUAAAUAAGUACAUAUGAUGGCUGACUGACCAACAACAUGUGACACAUAAACACGAGCUGGAUUAGUUGGGGAUCAGUCUACAUUUGUUGUCUUUUUAUUCCGUUUUUUUUUUUUUUUUUUUUAAAUAUUAUGUCAUGCUGAUGCGAUGGGGACCAUAAGCGUGGCAACACAAAACAAACCCAAUUGUUUGUUUGUUAUACGAGGACAAAAAAUAUAAAUAAAUAGUAUAUAUAAAUUUACAGUAUAUAUAUUGCGUUGACACUAAACUAAUUGACGGCUUGUAUGUGGUGGUGAUGGAUUUGGAUGGUUUCCUUCCUUGAUGUUUUUAAUUUUUGCUCGAGGAGGGCGGCCAACGUUUGCUUGCUGUUUGUGGACAUUUUCCAUUUAUUACACGGACAGCCCGGUCAUUAUGCCGCCUUGUGACAUUUCAUAGCAAAAACACGCACGCAUACACUCGUAACAUGGUGAUUUUGUUAUUUUCUAGUUAGUGGUAACAUGAACUCUUUGUGGGUUGUUAUUUUUUUAAAAAAAAGUUUUUGAUGUGAACUCAACUCGUCUGUUUUUACGUUUUCUUACUUUUUCAAUUUGCCGAUCAUUCUAACAACACUACAUCUGAUGUUUGCGUGCGAAAGGGAUAGGGAGGGAAGGGGUAUCGGGAUCAUGCGUUCUGUAACAUAGUGGAGUUUAAAAAAAGAGACUGCUCUCAAUCACGGUUAAUAAAGUACAAGUGGACAUGUCUUCAUUUGUCUGCAUGGA